UCUUGCUGCUGGGUAUUUUAUGGUUCUUGAAAAAAGUUUCUAGCUUUUAUUUGAAUAAACAUGUUGGCUGUGUUUGAGCAAUCCAUUGGGAAGCCACCUUCAGAGCUGAGCCUUGCUCAGACAGGUACACAGAAAAAGGAGGCUAAAACAAAGGAAGAGAUUGCAGAAAGUUUCAAAUCAUGGAAGCCAGACUCAACAUUUUACCACCUUUCCAAUGGGAAUUUCAUGGCUUUUUCCCAUGAAAAUGAAAACCCUUCACAUCCAAGGUCUAUUGUGGUGAUGGAUGAUGUUUUCUGCAUCUUUUCUGGUGGUUUAGACAACACUUUUGAUUUGAGGAAACAUUAUGGUCUUUCAAGACAAGCUACAGAAGCUAUGAUAAUGGUUGAGGCUUACAAAGUUUUAAGGGAUCGGGCACCAUACCCUCCUGAUCAAGUCAUCAAAGAACUUGAAGGCAAAUUUGCUUUCAUUCUCUUUGACUCUAAAGCUUCCACUCUUUUUCUUGCUAGGGAUCGCGAUGGAAGUGUGUCAUUACACUGGGGAACUGCUACAGAUGGAUCAUUAGUAUGUUCUGAUGAUUCAGAGUUCAUUCAAGCUUCUUGUGGGAAAUUGUAUACCCCAUUUCCUCCAGGGUGUAUCUUCAUAAGUGACACAGGGCUAAUAAGCUUUGAUCAUCCAAUGCACAAAGUAAAAGGAAUUGCACGCGAAGAUGAUGAAGGAAAUGUCAAUGCUGUGAUUUUCCAGGUGGACUUGUAUACCAAACUCCACAGCAUUCCGCGCAGGGGAAGUGCUGCGAAUUGGGCUGGUGCUACUACGGUUGAAUGAGACAGAAGAUUUUAAACUUUGACGAUCUUCCCAAGUUGAGUCAUGAAUGUAAUAAUGUUAAAUCACAAAUGGUAUGCUACUUUAUGGCCAUCUUAUGAAAUAAUCUGAAAUCAUAUGUUGCUGCAAUAAU